AUGGAUGAAUUCCAUGCAAAAAGAUUAGAAACCACUUUACAAGUUGUAUAUCAAGACGAUGACUAUUUUAUUGUCAACAAGCCAUAUGAUUGUAGAAUUCAACCAGAUCCUCGAGUACCACAUCAACCUUCAGCUGAAACACUUAUCCAGAAACAGUAUCCUCAUUUACCACCGUUGAAAAAUGUCCACCAGAUCGAUUACGCCACUUCAGGGAUCUAUGUUCUAGCAUUAACACGACAAGCUGCUGCCGCGGUAUCGACAUUAUUUCGAGAACGACAAGUAGAAAAGACGUAUCUAGCCAUUGUCCAUGGUCAUUUACAACAAGAAAACAGUACUUUCACAAUCGACAAACCCAUUGGUCAAGAUCCUGACCAUCCUUUUCGAAUGGCUGUUGUUCCUACUGGCAAAUCUUCAUUCACCACCGUUCAUAUUCUUCAACAUGGUUACUACAAUGAUGCACAACAAAAAAUAGACCGUAUACCUGUGACCAAAGUGCUUUUAUAUCCUAAAACAGGUCGACGACAUCAACUUCGUGUUCAUUUACAAUCCAUUGGUCAUCCUAUUUUAGGGGAUUUCAACUAUGAAGUACCUUUUUCCAAUGCCUUUCGUAUGAUGCUCCAUGCCUACAAGAUCCAUUUCCCGCUUCCAUCUGGUCCGCUCACUGUAGAAACUGAUGAUCCAUUUGAAAACUUUGUUAUAUAG